AUGAAGUUUCUCGCACUUAUCAGUUUCUUGGGGUCACUGGCUUCCGCCAGUAGUCCACUCUCGUAUGAAGGGUACCAGGUUCUUCGUGUGAAAACUGGUCCUAGACUCGCCGCCGUGCAGGGAAAACUGUCGUCGAUCGUCUAUGACGAGUGGAACACGGUGGUGAACAAGCACAUCGAUAUAGCCAUCUCUCCGGACCAGGUCGACAAGUUCCGGGACCUCGGGCUCGACUACCAUGUCAUGCACUCUAAUUUGGGCGAAUCGAUAGCCGCAGAGUCGUCUGGAGGCUCGAUUUGGAAGCGACAAUACGACGACCUCAGUUGGUAUGACAGCUAUCAUCCCUACGAAGAUCACAAGGCAUACCUGGAGGCACUUCACGAAGCUUUCCCUAAUAACUCGGAGAUUGUUUCAUCGGGAACCUCAUACGAAGGAAGAGAUAUCUUUGGCAUUCACUUCUGGGGCGCCGACGGACCAGGCAAGCCAGCUGUUCUUUGGCAUGGAACAGUACACGCGAGGGAGUGGAUCGUGGCACCCGUGGUUGAGUACCUUACACUUCAACUUAUUCAGGGGUAUGGCGUCGACAACGUCACCACUGCAUUCGUCGACACUUACGACUUUUGGGUAUUCCCAUUUGUCAACCCGGACGGCUUCGUUUACACCCAAACGACCGAAAGAUUAUGGCGAAAGAACCGCCAACCAGCCCCAAGCUCUACCAACUCGACCUGCUAUGGCCGGGACAUCAACCGCAAUUGGCCAUACAAGUGGGAUGCAAAUCCUCUAGGAGCGUCGACCGAUCCAUGCUCGCAGACGUAUAAAGGUGUCGAGCCUGCCGAUACUCCAGAGAUGAAAGGGCUGCACAAGCUGGUGGACACCCUUCGAGACACCAGUGGCUUGAAGCUCUACAUCGACUGGCAUAGCUACAGCCAAUACUUUCUCGCUCCUGUUGGGUACAACUGCACAUACUACAUCGACACGCUUGGACAACAUAUCAAGCUUGCGCAACUAGCAUCCGACGCAAUUCGGGAGGUGGAGGGCGUUACGUUCACCUACGGGCCAAGUUGUGCAACCUUGUAUCCCACGACUGGCGGUAGCUUUGACUACGCUUAUGCGAUUGGGGAAGCGGACUGGUCUUAUCUUAUUGAGCUCAGAGACACUGGAGACUUUGGGUUUGUCUUGCCACCUGAGCAGAUCCGGGGCAGCGUCACUGAACAGUGGGAGGGAAUGAAGGUUAUGUUGAGUGUCCUCGAUGAGGUCUUCUUCGACGGGGAGGGACCCGCUGCUUUCAAAUAG